AUGUCUGGCGACAAAGCCCUGUCGGACGCUGAACGACGGGCUGAGGCUGAUGAGCUGUUCGGGACACUGGAUGACGUCGAGGAACGCUGGCGAGAUCGGCAGCUCUACUUCGAACGUCGUGGGUACAUGCUCAGACCAAGAUAUCGUCCAGGCUGGGUUCCUUCCUGGAGAAAAAAUGGACAAAAUCCUACCUUCGCUGAAGAUGCUGCGGUUCUGCCAGACGACGAAGACGAAAGCAUUUCAUACAUGGUUAUGCCUUUCCUCCGACUUAUAGAUUCUCCUCCCUUCGAGACCCCUCAAGAUGUCGUUGAGUUCGUUGACCAGAUAUUGGAGGGUCUCGUUUUCAUGCACGAGCAAGGAGUGGCACAUCGCGAUUGCACAUACAAGAACAUCAUGAUGGAUGCAUCUGCCAUGUAUCCUAAAGGGUUCCAUCCUGUAUGGGAGACCCUUCUUUACGACAUUAAGACAGCCGCUCCAUACCUUGCGCGCGGUGAUGUUCCGGUGAAGUACUAUUACCCAUAUCCCCCCCUCGAUGCCGAGAACAGACUAGUCGUCGGAGUCGCCGGUAGAGACCAGGAGGUCCCCGAGCUCUCGCGGCGCAAGAGACCAUAUGACCCAUUCAAGGGCAGCAUCUUCAUCGGCAACCUCUUCCGUCGCUACUUCCAUGACUGCAGGCCCAGCGCAAGUGGGGCUCUUGCUCAGUGGAAGAGCAUAAUAAGACCGGUGUUCAGCGGGUUUCCGGCGAGAUGGAGGUUGAUGCCUCGGGGUGCCGUAUGGCCAGAGCGCCUCUGCCUGGGUGUCGUCGGAUUUGUUGGCACGAUCAUUCGUAUUGCGCCUUGGCUCACAGCAUUUGGAACCGAUUUGCAAGGUUAG